AAAAGCCAUGAUGGAGCAACCUCUGAGGUGCAAAGAAUGUUUUGCGAAAAGCCACCUGGGUGCAAAACAGCUUACCAAGAAAACAAGUAAGUGCAUUCAGGUUGACAUGGACUUGGAAGAAGAAUUCUCAAGUGGAAACAGAAGCUCUCCAGAUAUACUUGACUCAAUGGAAGCCACGACAACAUCUCCAUCCUCUGAGAACUUGCAGUCUUGCCAGCUUCCAACUGCACAUGCCACGCCCAGAGAGUUCCUGUCUCUGCCAAUGCUGCGACUUCCGCUUUCACCUCUGCCACCCCCUCCUUCCCCUCCUUUGAUGAAGGCCACAUCUCUGUGCAACAAGGCCCUGCCGUCCUGCAGUGUUGAAGGCUCCACGAAGGCUCAGAGGCCAUUGCUGAAAAUGAAACCGUUCAACUGGCAAACACUUCCCUUGGAUGCCACGAAAAGUGGCCGUUCUCUCUGGACUUCAGCGGUGACCAAUGGUGAUGAAGAUAUAGAGCCUGAUUAUAUUAGCAUAGAGCGACUCUUCUGUGUACCUCAGGCAAGCCAGCAGGAGAAAACAGAACUCAGACUGAAGAAGCCAAAGGAGAUUUCCUUCGUAGAUCGAAAGAAAAGUCUCCAUCUGAACAUAGUGCUAAAGCAAUUUAAAUGCUCGAAUCAGCAAAUAGCCGACAUGAUUUGGAAAGGAGACAGGAGCAUGUUUGAUGAUGAGGCGCUGAAAAACCUAAUGAAGCUUCUGCCCAAAAACCAUGAGAUUGAGAGAAUGAAAGCAUUCAAGGGUGAAAAAGCCAAGCUAGGAAAUGCCGAUCAGUUUUAUCUGUGUCUCCUUGAAGUUCCCAGUUACCACUUGAGGAUUGAAGGCAUGCUGAUAUGUACGGAGACCAACAUUAUGCUGGAUCUGCUUUGGCCCAAAGCAAAAUUGGUCAGAGCAGCUGCUGAGACGCUUCUUACAAACCGGCGUCUGCCAUUGUUCUGCCAGUUGAUUCUGAAAGUUGGAAACUUCUUAAAUUAUGGGCGUCACAGUGGGAAUGCUGGAGGCUUCAGAAUCAGCACGUUGCUCAAACUAACAGAGACAAGAGCAAAUAAAAACAGCAUUACUCUGCUCCAUCACAUCCUAGAGGAGGUUGAAAAAAAACACAGAGACCUUUUACAGCUUCCCCAUGACCUGGAGUGUGUUUCAAAGGCAGCUGGAAUCAAUGUAAAAGAGAUGCAAGUGGAAGUGGAAGGCCUUCUAAAGAAAUUGUUGGAAAUCGAGCAAAAGAUAUUUUCAUCCAAGGAUGAUGUGAAAGUCCAGUUUGGGAAAUCUAUUAAAGACAGCAUAAAUGCUUCCAAGGAACUGGGUGAGGAAAUGACUGCCCUUGUGGAAAAGAAAGCUGAGCUUGCUGAUUAUCUCUGUGAAGAUCGAAACACACACUCAUUAGAUGAUCUUUUUAACACUAUGAAAACCUUCAGGGAUCUCUUCAUCAAAGCCCUCAAGAUUUUUGUAUGUUGGAAUGUAGGAAAAUCAGGACAGAAGGGAACAAGGGGUAAAGGCAGAAAAGAGGAAGAAUUUUCUUGAAGAGGGAGAAGCAGCUAAGCGUCGGAAACAUUGUUAAAGAGCUUGAAAACGAGCUGCAACGAAGGAAGCUGGCAUCUUUGAUGCUUUGUCAGGGAAAGGCUUUCAGUUGUGGAAAAAAACCAUCAAUUCCUGGAAACUCUAUGCAGGAGCUGUC